AUGCCCCUCUCUUCUACGGAGGACCGUCUCGGCAGGCCGUCUCGUAGCCGUGUGGAGAAAAAACAGCGCCGGAAGAGCGCCAACUUCAACUUCAGCCUCGUCAAUUUCUACGCUGGCGCGAAGAACAAGUUCCACUCCCACACGUCGGACCAGAUCCUGUUUGUCACCAAGGGAGAGGGAAUCGUAGCGUCGGAAGCCGAAGAGGUCGGUAUUUCUACUGGCGACACCGCUUUCAUCCCAGCCGGGGAAAAGCAUUGGCACGGCGCGGCGGACGGCCAGGACUUCACUCACAUCUCGCUGACCGGGGCAGAUAGCGAGACUACGCAGUACGACGACUAA